UCGAAAACAGGCAAGAAAUGCAAAGGGCUGACGUUGAAAGGGUGCGACAAAGAGCCCAGAUCAAGAGGAAGAUCGAGAUGCUGGAGCUAGUUCGCCCCGUCACGAAGUACAAGGAGAUGCACGCCAAUUUUAAUCAAAUGAAAAGAAAGAAGGAUGAGAUUUCUCGUGAGCUUGAAACUCUCAAGGCUGAGCUAGAACCCGCUCUGAGAGCAGUAAAUGCGAAACAACAAUACUGUUUACAAAUAGAGGAUGUCAUCAAGUAUAAAAAGGCGCGCAUCGACGAAGCAGAACGCACAGCUUCAAAUCUAGGGAAAAAGAUCGAGCAACAUGAAGACUCAAUAAAAGAUCUAGACCGCCAAAUCGAGUCUGAGAGGAAGAGCUAUGGCCAUUCUAAAGAGGAACAAACGAAAGUUCAGCAAAGCAUCAACAAACUCAACCGCCAAUUUAACGAAGAGGUCAUUGAGUUCGAUGCUCAUUGGUACAAUGAACAGAUCGUAAGUGGGUACCAAACUAUGGCAAAGACACACGCUUAUUUGUACUACAGAAAGAGAAGCGGCUAAAGUUUCGGGAAAUUGAAGAAAAGGCAAACAAAAUUAAAGAGGAUCGAAGGCCAUUGUUCGAAGCACUCAAAGAGAAAACCCGCAAAAUCGAGCAAUCGGAACAACACAUGAAAAGACUGGAAUCUCAGGCUGGACGACAGGAGGAAAAGCUGAAGGCUAUCUCACUUGACUCCUACAAGGCUUACGAAUGGAUUCAGCGGAAUCAGCACAAAUUCGAAAAGGAAGUUUUCGGUCCUCCCAUUGUCACAUGCUCUGUGAAAGAUCCUAGGUAUGCCGACGCUAUUGAAUCUCUGUUGCAAAAGACAGAUUUCACCACUUUCACUGUGCAGAGUCGCAACGAUUUCAGGUUGCUUCAGAAGGAACUGAAUCUCGGGAUGGGACUACACGACAUCAGCAUCAGGACUAGUUCUAUUCCCCUAGACAGAUUUCCCUGUCCUAUUUCUGGCGACGAGAUCCGAAAUCUUGGGUUCGAUGGUUGGGCGAAAGAUCUUCUCAACGGACCAGAACCGGUGAUCGCCGCACUAUGUAGCGAGAAUCGGCUGCACCAAACACCUAUCAGCCUUCGAGGCAUCACGGAUGAAGAAUAUAGCAAGAUAGAAAGGGGGUCGUUAACCUCCUGGGUGGCCGGGAAGCAAAGCUACCAGAUUAUUCGGCGAAAAGAAUAUGGCCCCAAUGCGUCUUCCACCCGUGUGAGACAAGUGAAGCAGGCGAGAGUUUGGACAUCCCAGCCAGUGGACGCAUCGGCGAAGCAGGAUUUGGUUCGAAAUAUCCAAAUUCUCAAAGACGAAGUGCAAGAAAUACAAGAAAAAGUAGAUGCGGAUAGAGCUCAACUGACCCAGCUCGGUCAGGAGCAUUCGGAAUGCAACGAUAGGCGGAUUGAACUUGAGCGGGAGAAGUCCGAAAGGCAAACUGCUUUUACAAAUUACAGAGCUAUCCCCGAGAAAAUUCGCCAGCAGGAACUCCGGUUGAGAGACAUACAGAGGAUAUUCCAAGAAUUCAAGGCAAGGGUUCGUGACAUUCGCAGUCAACAAGACCAGUUAGCACUCCAGAAAGCCGAAGCAACGCUUGAAUAUGCUAAUGCGGUUGAGCACCUCCGAAUGCGCCACGAGGAUCUGAUAAAGUUAAAAGUCCGUCAUGUUGAGGGGAUCUCUGACCUAGAAACAUUGAAGGAACGCAAUACAGAUCACAGGGACAGGUUGGAAGCUAAGAUUAAAGAGCUAAAAGAGGCGCAGCACGAAAUAAAAGCCACAUCAGAAGUCGUUAAAAAACUAUUCAAGGAGGCAGAAAAGGUUGUACAAGCCUCCACCACCCAGCCUGACCUGGCAGACUUGCUCCCCACUUUGGUGAAUCAUACUGUCGACCAACUUGAGGCAGAUAUUGAUUCGGAGAAAGCCCGCCUGGAGCUCACGCACGGAGGAAGUAACAACUUGAUUAAAGAAUUUGAGGAACGUGAACGGCAGAUACAAAAGCUGCGUGGAAAGCUUUCUGAGUUUGAGAACCAACUUGCAGAGUACGACCACGCCAUCAAUGAGAUUCGCGGGAACUGGGAGCCCAGGCUUGACGAGAUAGUGAAAAACAUCAGCGACGCUUUCUCUGAUUCAUUUUCUCGCAUUGGAUGUGCCGGCCAGGUCACAUUAGACAAAGCAGAAGAUGAAGCAGGCCCCAACGGCGAACCCGGUGGCACCGAUUUCGACCAGUGGUCCAUCCAGAUCCACGUCAAGUUCAGAGAGAACGAGAAUCUCUCCCUCCUCGAUUCUCAUCGGCAGUCAGGCGGAGAAAGAGCCGUCAGCACCAUCUUUUAUCUCAUGGCUCUCCAAUCGCUCUCCGCCUCCCCAUUCCGCGUAGUCGACGAGAUCAACCAGGGUAUGGACCCACGGAAUGAGCGCAUGGUCCAUGGACGCCUGGUAGACAUUGCUUGUGCGCCCUCUGAAAACGGAGGCGGUGGCCAAUACUUCCUCAUCACGCCCAAACUGCUCAGCGGACUCGUCUACAAGCCGGGCAUGAGAGUCCUCUGCAUCUACAGCGGUGAGCACAUGCCCGAAGACUACGGGAAGCUUGACUUCCGCCAAGCCAUUCAGAAAAUGAGAGCCAUCAAAGAUCGAGAGAAGGGCAAGGGGAGGGCCAUCGAAGCUGGCACACAAAGUAACGGCCAUGUCGACGUCUACGCUUGAUUUACUUUACUAUCUAUACUUGGGAAUAACUCUGUUUUGUGAUACCUCUUUCGUUAUUAUUCCAUG